UCCGGUUUGCCGCAGUGUUUACUAAAUGUGUAUAGUGUUAUUGUGCUCUCGAUAAAUAAGUGAUCACCAAGAAAAUAUGGAUUUUCAAAAAGAAACCGGAUCUUUUUCAACGGCAUCCGGAUUUUGCCCGGAUUGUGGAACAAUUUUACCAUUUUGUAGUGAAAUUGGACGUGUCACUUGUUAUGCUUGCGAAAGAAAAUGGGAGCCUGCCGAAGUUUUUGGCAGAAUGGAAAUUUCAUUCACGGUUCCAUUUUUGAACAGAAAUACAUGCGUGAUUUCAAAACGUGAAGAAGAAGAUGAUGAAGAACCGGAUGGACCUGUUGUGGAACGACAAUGUCCUCAAUGUAAAAAUAAUCAAAUGUCUUAUGCGACUUUACAAAUGCGCUCAGCAGAUGAAGGACAAACGGUAUUUUAUACUUGUACAAAAUGCAAAUUCAAGGAAACGGAAAAUUCGUAAGAGGCUGUGGAAAAAUAUUUUUCUUUUUGUUAAACUUAUGAGAUAAAAAACUAAUAAAUGAGUUUUCAUUUUUUUUAUUAUUAAAA